AUGAAUUAUUUUCUUGUAUCAUUUUGUUUCUUACUCUUGUGCAUUAUGCAAAAUUUUGUUCUAAAUGAAAAAAUUAUUCCUAUAGGUCCAGCUAAUCGCUCUAAAUUAAAAAAAAUGAUAGAAGGUGAUGAAGAUUUUAAAAUAAAUAUACAUGCACCCGUGGAAGACACACAAGAAGUUCUUGAAGCUUUAGAUUCCUUAAUGAGAGUAGAAGAAAUUCAGAGAAAAGUUGAAGAAGAAGAAUUUAGGAACGAUAUGCAGAGAUUAUUAAAAGUUCAUAAAAAAAGAAUUCAGGAUAUUGUUUCCUCAGCUUUUGAACCACUUCAUUCAUUUUUACCCAAUCCUCUGCAAUAUUUAGUUAUCAAAGAUGUACAAUCGUAUUUAAAAAGUAUAAAAGAGUAA